GAAGCAGGGCCUCUGACAGCCCUCAACUUAGAGCUUUCCACUCACGUCAGAUUCCACCCACCCCACAACAGGAUCCAGCUCAGUUGGGAAGCAGUCUCACUUUCCGGUUUCCGUUUUUCUCCACGUUGCUCAACUUUAAACAAACAAUAACAAGAAAUAAUUUUUAAAAGGAAGGAACAGCAACAACAACAAAACUCCUAACAAUCAAGCCUAUAGUUUUCCCAGCUAAGAAACUGCGAGAAGGAGCAAUCAGAAGAGCAGAAAAGAAAUCCCCGGGACUACUGCCGCCCCAAGCCAGCAUGAGUCAAAUGCCUAGGAAUUCCUUAAAAAUUAUCCUGCGGCAGCUGAAAUGCCACUUUACAUGGAACUUGCUGAAGGAAGACAUCGAUCUACUUAAUCUAGAAGACACAAUAAUUGACCAGAUUGAAUUCCUAGACAUGAAAUCCAAAGUCACCCUUUAUAAUCUAUUGGCCUAUGUCAAACAUCUGAAAGGUCAAAAUGAGGAGGCACUGAGAUGCUUAAAACAUGCAGAAGAGAGAAUCCAGGUGGAACAUGCCGAUCAGGUGGAAAUAAGAAGCCUCGUUACCUGGGGAAAUUUUGCCUGGGUAUAUUAUUACAUGGAAAGAUUUCCCAAAGCUCAGUAUUAUGCAGACAAGGUGCAAAAAGGCUACCGGAAGCUUCCAAAUUCCUCCCGUUAUAAGAUAGAGUGCCCCGAGGUUUACUGUGAAGAAGGGUGGGCUCUGCUAAAGUGUGGAAGGAAGUAUUAUGAGAGGGCCAAGGCAUGUUUUGAGAAAGCCCUGAAAAUAGAACCCGACAACCCCGAGUUUAACUCUGGCUUUGCCAUCGCAGCCUAUCGUCUGGACGAUAAAGAAUAUUCCUGUCAAAGGGUAUCGUCCCUGGACCCUCUCCGGAGAGCAGUUGAACUAAAUCCGGACAACACCUUCGUCAUGGCGCUUCUUGCCCUGAAACUUCAAGACCUAAAACAGGAAGCUGAGGGAGAACGGUAUAUUCGGGAGGCCUUGGAGAAGAUGUCCUCACAGCCUUACGUCCUUCGCUAUGCAGCGAAAUUUUAUCGAAGACAAAACUCCCCCAGUAAAGCCCUUCAGCUCUUAAAAAUCGCCUUGCAGGCAACACCCACUUCUGCUUUCUUGCAUCACCAGAUAGGCGUUUGCUACAAAGUGCUGAUGAUCCUGGUGAAACAGUCGACCAAAAAACGACCCAGGGAAAAAGAAAAAGAGAAACGGGAGCUGAUUCAGUCUGCCAUAUUUCAUUUUCGAGCAGCCAUGGAACAGAAUUCCAUGUUCGUGUUUGCCUACACAGACCUGGCCAACAUGUACGCAGAGGCGGGACAGUAUGAAAAGGCAGAAGAUGUAUUUCAGAAAGCCCUUCACCUGCAGCAUGUGACAGACGAAAACAAGCAACAGGUCCAUUUCCAUUACGGCCGCUUCCAGGAGACUCACAGGAAAUGUGAGGAUGCCGCUAUCUACCAUUAUUUAGAAGGCGUAAAGAUAAAAGUCGAGUCUUCUAUUACCUCCAAACUGAUUAGUGCUCUGCAGAGAUUGGCCACGCGGCGACUUUAUGAGAAUGCCGUUGAUGUAAAGAGCUGGGGGGCCCUGGGUUUCGUUCACAAGCUAAGGGGGCAAAAGAGACAAGCCAUUGAGUGCUAUGAGAGAGCCCUGAAGCUGGAUCCUGAGAACGGGGACUACAUCAGUGCCCUGUUUGAGCUGCGGCUCUCCUUCUAAAUCCUCCAGUUUGUAGCAUGAAUCCUAAAAAAAAAAAAAAAAAAAAGUUUCACGGUUCGCAACAGAAUUCGAUAGGUGUGGAGAUCCGGUAUUAUGAUCAUAUAUGUUUAUGCAGUCUAAACAUAUAAAAGGACUAACACGCAUGUAGUUUAGACAGUAGUUUAAUGAUUUUUAAUACUAUUUCUUUUGGCAUACUUUUGGAAAAAGUAAUCAUUGUAAUUCUAUAGGUUUGAAUAGAAUAGACAAUGUGGGCUAGAAGGGACCUUUGGGAGGCACCCAGUAUAACGUGCUUUUUUUCAAAGGGGAGGAAAUUAGGUCUCAGAGAAAUCAAGCGAUUUGUUGAGCCAACUAAUGGCAGAGCCAGGAUUAAGAACCGAUUCACCUCCAGGCUAGUCCUCUUCCCCUGUACCUAGCUUCGGCCCGCUUUUUUACAAAGAGAGUGCUUUUGUUCAUAAUGAUACAAUCUGUCCGAUGAAAUAUGCUGCUUGACUCUGGUCUGUGCCUUGGAUGUUUUUUCUUUAAAUAAAAGUGCCUUAUGCACCCAAAGUCCUAA